UAUGGACGAGGAUGAACAGAGGCAGAGUAUAGAUUACUACAGCAUUUUCGAACUGCUGCGUCCGGCGAAGUCGUCAACACUGGAAUACUUCCGCGAGCUAAAUGCCCAUGCACUGAGCCGGAAGGCCUUCCACAACUUCAUGGAGAACAAAAUCUGGGAGAACCGUGUCCUGGACCAGAGAUUUCUGGAGGAUCGUCACCAGAUUCUGGGCUUUGACCUGGCCGCCGCCCACUUCGUCGUGGCCCGCGGCGGCUGCGUCCGAUUCAAGGGUGACGAGAAAUGGGUGAAGAGACUGGAGGAUGAGUCGAUACCGUUACCAGGCCAGUACACAUACGGCAUGUUCGUGGAGGAGCUGGACGCCAGUGGCACGGAGAUUCUCUAUGAGGGUCUGGAGAACUUCAUAAGGCUGUCCAAGCUGCGGGCGCUGUACCUGCGCGACUGCCCGUACGUGGACGACUGGUGCGUGGACCGGGUGUGCGGCGAGUUUCGACAGCAGCUGCAGCACCUCGACCUCAGCGGCUGCCGGCGCGUCUCGGAGCGGGGCCUCGAGGGCGUCGCGCAGCUUAAGAAUCUGAAGUCGCUGACGCUGGAGCGGAUGGAUCACAUCCGGUUGCUGCCCUACAUGGGCUUACUGCUGGAGGACGCCAUCCCAGGCCUGGUGAUACACGGAGUAGACGUCAUGCAGACGCCACCUGACGACUUCCAAUCACUGUCGUCGUCACGCUCCGAUGACCAAUCACAGCCGCCAAGCUUGACAGCAUCCUAGCUGAUCAGCCAAUGGACACUCGCCCAGCAAACUCCCGCCGGUGCUGGCGGCCAACCGUGCUUGCUUCUACGAUGCUGUAACCUGUAGGGCUGUCGGUCCGUCAACGUACACCAGCAGGCUCGGGUUGCGUCAGGCCGAUCACUCGUGGGCGACGUUGGCAGUUGCAUAACGUUGCAUAACUCGGUCACCGGUUGGGGUCCGGUGGAGAUGGCCUGUUGCGUUCCGGCCUGCCUGUUUCGCAAUAGCAGCGGACGGUGACCGAUAUAAUGCGUCUGGGUCGGUGUGUCCUGGUGUGAAACCUAGAAACGAGGUACAAUGCUGGGUAUGACUCGGAGUCAUGUGUGCUGUGUCCUACCGCAUUGGUCAAAAGUGACGUCGAGAGUUUUUACUGUACCGGAUCAACACGUUGAUAUGUGCGUGCUUUACUGGCAGUUGUCAGCACGGAAAUGCCAUUGUAGCAUUGUUUGGAGGUUGUGCGGUCUUGUUGUGGUACGGUGUAUUAUGUUGCCAGAUUGGUCUCAGGUUAAAGAUUUUAUUGCGACCAUCUAAAAAAUCGCAAAAACCGAAUUUUGCAACGUUGCUUGUAUAUCCUCUUUUCAUCAUCUUAUAAUUGGGCCUUCAAACAUCAUUGUUCACAUUGCUUUGCUCUGGCACGGAUCCGAACACUAGAAACGUCCAGCAGUUUGUAAAGGACCAUCAAUGGUGCGGGAUAGAUUUCACUGCCGGCAUCCAUGGUGACCACAAUGUGCCGACUCUGGUAUUCUUUUUCAUCGUAUAUACCGGAAAUAUAUAUGAUGAAACAGAAGAAAGUUGCUUGCUGAUUGCACCCAGACGUGGUGUAUUUCGAAGAUUUCUUAGAAGUGUUUGGUAAUUUUAUAUUUGGAUGAGAUCGCUUUGGUGUUU